AAGGUAGUUCUGCAAAAUCACUCAGUAGGAUGUUUGUUCUAAUUUGCUAUGACCUCAGAGUGCAUUGAAAAGGCUAUAAAGAGUGAUAUGAACAGAUUUAGAACUUACUGGAAUGAAACUGUCUGGAGCACCAACAGAUAUUUGGAGAUGGAAGAGAGCUGGAUAUCAGCUCGUCUCACAGCUGCUAUCCAGGCUAGACGCCUUCGUUUGGUAACAUCGAUACACGAGCUGCCUCAUGUUGCUUCCAGGUUGGGAAAGAAUGAAAAGAUAAACCCUUUUCAAGCUUAUUCUCUUGCCGGUCGUGCGAUCACACAUUGCAGCCAACCACACAGCAAAUACGAACCAUGGCUGUUGUGUGUGCCUUUGCUCCCUUUUCACUUGCGCUAGACCCCCAAAAUGGCGGAUCGGGCCAAAAUCCUUUCCACGCCCACCCCCGUGACAUCACGCUCCAAAGCCCUAUAACAGCGGCACAAGAUAUAGUCAACAGGUUAGCUCAAAGUCUUCAGCAACCUAAUACCACAUGUAUACCAAAUGCUGAGCACUCUCACGAGCACUCAGGUGGACAAGCCCAGACCCCAAAAGAUACAGUGCAGACGGAGAUGGCAAGGUCAUUUCCAGGAUUUUUUACCAAAAAAAGGGGGAAAAAUCGCUUUUCCCCACUCCAAAGUAGUGCGCUGAGGCCUAAAUCCAGCAAGCCUUUCAGUGUAUAUAUAUAUCUAGUGAAUAAAGGCUGUACCAACACUCCUUCUGCUACUGAGGAGCUGCAGCGGAGCCAAGCAGGGCUGGGAAAGAGAUCCCUCAUCUUGACUGAUGAUAUGAGCCAUACAAUGAUUAAUAAAAUGAUCACUGAAGAAUAUCCCAAAAUGGAUGGAGUGCAAGGAUGGUUGUUGCACAAGUCCUCAGGUGGUCAAGGUAGGAGGAAACUUGUAGCAAUUCCUCCUGAUGUAAAUGGCUACACAGGAAGACUGAUCCGCAAUGUUUCCAGUGCAGGAAAGACCCUCUUGUAUGUUGUUCCGCUGCAGCAGGACCUUGAUCUUACUCCUCUUCCAUCAGAUGCAGCUGAAUUUCAAACCAUGCCAAAGGCUUCUUGCCAGGUGUGCAAGGAAAGUAUGCCUCUGCAUAUCCUAGCACUCCAUGUCAACAAUUGUGUGAAGUCUCAGUCAACAGAAGAGGAAGAUGAGACUGAUGUCCAGCUUCUGUCUGUCAUGAAUUCACCAAGCUUUUGUAGAGAGCCUCUUGACAUGAAGCAGGACAUGACAGCAUGCCCAAUCUGUCUUUGCUGCUUUCCAGUGAAUGAGAUUGCCCAGCAUGCAAGCCUGUGUGGUGAAAGACCUGAGGACACUUCCACUCACAUGACAGACGUUUAUGUCAGUACUGACUCUGAGUGCAGUGUGCCAAGCAACAGAACAGAUCCUUUGACUGAUUUAGUCAGUGAAGCAGAUGUGCUACAAUGGCUUUCAAGUCAGGUGAUAUACCAGCAAAGACUUUAGGAUUUGCAUCACUCGGAAUGAUCUUGUUCAAAGAGGCUUCAUUCAGUGGCAACGACAGAAGAAUAUAUAUAUAUUCUUAUAUAUUCACAAAUAUAUGUGACAGGCAAAAACUAGUAAACACU